GUCAUCCGCCAUUUUGGGUUUUGAUUGUAGAAGUGGAUAGAACCGGCGUAGCGGUAUUACUGUUUUUCAAAAAAAUACAAAAAAAUAUUUGAAAAAACCAUUGGAAUAAAGUAAGUAGUAAAUUCAAUUAUUCAAAAAAGGGCUUCAUCGAAGCUCAUAGCCUGAAGUAAUCGCCUAAACUCUGUUACAGGCUAGAGGUAAUCAUGGACACGAAUUUGAGAUGUGGGACGCUCAGUGUCCCCCCAUUUCAAAUUGUGCAUAAAAAUUAGUGUAUAAGAUGCCUGUGAGUAGUAUUAGAUAAAAAAAAGAAAUUAUGAAAAAACUAGGUAAUGGCUGAUAACGAAGACUUGGGUUUAGGUGAGGAGGUUCACUUAGACUCUCUAGAAGACACGAACGGUAUGCACGACGAGGCGGUGCUGAACGAUACUGAUGGUGAUGGAAAUGCAGCUGAUGACCCAGAGCUGGAAGCUAUCAAAGCAAGGGUGCGAGAGAUGGAAGAGGAGGCUGAAAAGCUCAAACAGCUUCAAAGCGAGGUUGAUAAACAGAUGAACAUGGGCAGCCCUCCUGGAUUGACCAGUCCACUCAACAUGUCCUUAGAAGAAAAAAUGGAAGUAGACAAUCGCAGCAUAUAUGUGGGCAAUGUUGACUAUGGUGCCACUGCAGAAGAGCUGGAGCAACAUUUCCAUGGUUGUGGCUCCAUCCAUAGGGUCACUAUCUUGUGUAACAAAUAUGAUGGGCAUCCUAAAGGAUUUGCAUAUGUUGAGUUUGGGGAUCGAGAUUCUGUGCAGACUGCCAUGGCAAUGGAUGAAUCACUUUUCAGAGGAAGACAAAUCAAGGUGAUGCCAAAAAGAACAAACCGUCCGGGGAUAUCGUCAACCAAUCGACCUCCCAGAGGAAGAGGCGGAUUUCGGGGUAGUCGCGGAGCUGCAAGAGGAUUCUAUCCAGGAUACAGGCCGAUGCGCAGGCCCAGGUAUGCCCUUUCCAAUAAACAAAUUAGAAACAACACUUGGUUUGAUUUUGAUUGUUGUAGCCACGUUUUUUCAUUUUUUGCAAGUUUUUUUUAUUUUUUUUUUACUAUUCAUAGCUAUUUCGUUAUGCAGGGUUUGAGUUUAGCCAGGAUCUUGUUCAUGUUGGUAUUUGAAUAACAAAAAAAUAUAUCGUGCAUUUUAUGAUAAUAAAUAUAAAAAUGUGAAUGUCAUCCAGUCCAGUCUGUCAGCAUCGUGUCUCAACCACAAUAUAGAGAGACGUAAAUUAUACAUUUCCUAAUUGAAACUCAACAAUGAAUUCGAAUAAAUUAUAUAUGUUUACAUUGCAUUGAUUGACGCCAAAACUGCGUAGUUUUAGUGCACUUGACUACCAAAGUGACAACAUUGAAUCAACACCAUAAGCAUCAUCUACCUUCAUUAGGCUUGUUACACUCUUUGCAAAUGGUGUAAGAAGUACCAUACCUUGUAAUUGUCUAAUACGACAAUUAUCUGCAAACACUCGCACUUUCAAGCAAUAACACUAUAAAUAGGAGUUUAACGACAGAAUUUUCAAGUACACUUUGAUACUCGUACAUAGUAUUAGAAAUAGGAGACAAACAAAUCCUUGACUGAGUCCUUGUAUCUAGUCUGAAUUCGUUGAAACCCAAGGGAUGUUAUAGGCAUGGUUUUAUUCUAAAAAAUUUACAGAAUGUUAAAAAUGUGUCGAUAGAUCAAAAUGUCUCGAAAAAUACGUUUCAUGAAGAAAAUGUGCAAUAAAGUUGCGAAAAGAUGCACCUAAUGGUGACCUUAAACGUGACCUUGAGUAUGACCUUCAAGCUCAUUUGAAGGUCAGGAUAGUUUUCUUGAAUGGAAACCCCUAGUUUUGAUACUGGAAAUAAAAAGAGUAGGACACUUUAUGUAUGUCCAUGACCUUUACUUUGGCCAUCAAGGUCAUUUGAAGACGAAAUGAAUUUUUAACAGGAAACAUCUAUCUUUAAUUCCUGAAAUGCAAAUUGCGGACAAUUUUAAGUAUAUCCUUGCUAGUGAACCUGACAGUAACCUGCAAGGUCACUUUACAAUCAGAUAAAUUUUCAAGUAAACUCCUUUGUUGUUAAAAAGCGAAACAUUGAAAUUAAUUGAGUGUUGCAUUAAAAUAUUGAAUGAAAAAUGUUCGCUGCUGAAGUAACUAUUGCAUUGAUUUGAAUAUUGCAUUUUCUUCACACUAAUGCAAAACGAAUGAUCUACGGGGAGAACCAAAUUUGACUGAUGACUUGAGUUCAAUGUGUACGAGAGAGAAGCAAGAGAAGUGUAUAAAAACACAUGUUCGAAAGAGAUAGAAGCCGGCUGGUCAGCAAAGCUCAUGUCCACGUUGCCUAGCAACGCUGAUGCAGAAUGUCGUGACAAUCUGCCGCGUUGUUACAUCAGGUUCUUGAAUUAUGUUGAAAAUAUGCGUUAGUUUACUCUAGAGAGUAAAUAAUGGAUUUAUUUUAAAUUGGGUCGAAUCUGUUUAGAAUCGAUUCCGGAUCGGUCGUAACGGCAUUCCAUUUUUGGUCGAAAUGAAAGGUCGGGAUCGCCACAAAUUCCGCAAAAUUGCGGAGUCGCGUUUAUCAGUCUAGUUCACUAUAAGGAUUUGGAUAACGAAUACGAGGUGUGACAAUUAAGUAAUGAGACUGAUUCCAUAAAAACUGUAUAUUUAAAAAUUAUCCUACAACUCUACAUCAAUGGAAAAGGGAAUUUCAAGGUCGCAGGUUUACCACAAGCGCGGCAAUAAAAUCUUCGCAUUACCUAAUUGUCACACCUCGUAUAAUGACGCUGUGGCUCGGUACGAUAGCCGCCGCAUAAACUUCCUAUGCUCGACCACUUCAUCGUGCCAAAUUUGUAGAGAGCGCCUCACCGAAUACUUAAAAAAUAGAGCGCCUGAAAAAUGGUGUGAUGUGACGUUUAGCUGUUUUGAGCUAAAUCCAUCUUUCACUGAGACAUGAUUUGAAAAAUUCUGCGAGUAUGCUAUAGCCUACCGAUAUCUAUAGUGAUCAUAAUAUAAAUAGCUAUGAAUUGUAUUAUUUUACUUGAUCGAUUUUUUUUUAGUUUGUUGUUUCUAUUUUGUUUAUGGU